AUGAUCGGAAUUUUACCUCUUACCAAAAAUAAUCUUGAUACAAUUUACUUAAGUUCAACCAAAAUUUUUCCACUCAUUACGAAUAAAAUUUUCGAGUGUUGGAAUGAUAUUAUGGGUUCUGUGUUCGAGACUGAGAUGGUUUCCUUUGAAGAUGGUGUUGCAAAACUUUUAUGUUUGAAGCUGUGGCUGACAAUAACUUUCAUUCCGAACUCAAAGGAUACAAGUGGUGAAACUAUUAGUUUGCUACGUCGCAUGCCCGCAGAAGAAAAACGUCAAGAGAUUAUAAAUAUUAUGCUCAAGCAACUUGUUGAAAUCAAUAAUCCUCUUCAAGGUUCAACAUGGACCGAAUUAUUUGAUUUAGCCAAUCCAAAUCAGCUUAAGUUCGAACAUCUCGAAUUGAUAACAUCGAUCGAUAGCUAUGUGAAAUAUUUUAUCAAAAUUGCAACUAUUGCGAAGUCAAAAAACAUCGAUGUAAAGGAAAAAGUUGACCAGUUCAUUCAAGAUUUUGUCAAAACAAAUCGUUUUAUACGUAAGUCAAAAUGA